UGGCCUAGACUGUUCCUUUUGCGCAUGUCUCUCUUUCAUUUCAGCGCGCCAACAAUUUGAUUGUUUUGUUUUAGGUGUUCCGACGACCUGGAGAAGGAGUUGUUGUCAUUGUACUUGAAUAAUGUUGGGCAUAUCUACAAUAACUAAUCCGGUGCAGAAACCUUUGUUGCAAGAUGAUCUGUUUGAUGCUGAAUAUAGCAGUUCAGAAGAUGAAUGCAAUAAACCAGAACUUGAUUCACAUUCUUCUAGAGAUUCUACCAAUGUAGUCCAGGAUAAUGCAGGGGCAGAAAAAUGCAGUGGUGCUACAGACGUUGAAAAGAAAGCAACAGAUGACGAAAAAGAUGCAAUAGAUGAUAAAAAGGAUGUUACUAACAGAAAUAAUGCUACAGAUGAUGAAAAGAAUACUACAGAGGAUGAAAAAGACGCAACAGACGAUGAAAAGGAUGGUACAGAGGAUGCAAACGAUGCUAUAGAAGAUGUAGAGAAGAAUGAAUAUGAAGGAAUGGAAGCUGAAAAUAGUGCAGGAAGCGAUGACGAUAGCUUAGCUAGACCAUCACCAAUGGAACGUGCCAAGACUAAAAAGCAAAAGGCUUCUGAGAGGCAGAAUUCAUCUCGUCGAGUCAAACAAAAAGCUAUUGAACAAAUUCAUAGCGAAAGUCAGCGCAUUAUUAGAGAAUCGAAACUAGUAAUUCCAUACCAUACUCCUAAGCCAUUAUCACUCAAUGAGUUUUUCAGCAAAAAACCAAAUCUUACUCAAAUAAAAGCACCCCAAGCUCUUAGCAGAAUUCUACAAAGCAGUACUAUGAAGGAGAAACCGAUUGAACAAGUUAGAAGUAAACACUUAAUUCAUAGAAGGGCUAAGACGACUUAUGCAAAUUCCAAGCUAAGUAAACACACCACUAUGAAACCUGAAGAUCCUAAGCUGAGCGAGCCUACCACUAUGAAACCUGAAGGAAAUUCUGAAAAAUUAAAUACAGAUUCUGACAUUAAAGACACAGUUGAUGAUAGUGAUGAAGAUCCAGAUAAACUUGUGUUACGUUUGGACUCUCUAUCAGACGAUGAAGAAAUGGACAUGAAACUUGAAGAAACAGAUAUUAACCUCAGUGAGAAAAUUGAAGAAACCUCAAAUGAGGGAAAAAACGAUGGACUGGAGCCUCCCUUACAGGCAGAAUCUCAGGAUUGGAGUUUAAGACUUGAUACUCAAUCUGUUCCGAACACAUUGCCGGAACUGGAAAGUCCGGUCACAGAAGUGUUAUGUACAGGAAGUACAAUGGAAUCCUCACUUACUGAUACUCCUACUCAACAGAGCCAGGAUUCUGAAUCAGAUACCACAGUUUCCAAAAUGAUGGACAGUUGUGAAGAUGGUCAAGAUUCUGCUCUAACAAAUGAUGUCAUGGUAACACCAGUAAAUAAAUCAUUACAAUCUGAAUCGUCAGGAAGUAAUAAAAAACGAUUGCUUGAAAUGUUGAAAGGUUAUGACACAAUGGUACCAAAAUUAGGAGGUAACAGGGAUGCCAUAAUAAAUUUUGAUAGCGAUGAAGUGCAGCCUUCUACUGGAGUUAACACAUUAAUGGAACGGUUUAUUAAACAUUCAACCAAAAAAUAUGUAACAAAGAAAAAACAUGUCCAACUAGAAGUUGUUAAAAAAGAACUUAAUUCAGAAGGAAAGGAGGAACUUGUACAUGAGUUGGUACCAGUAACGUUAGGAGAGGAUGAGCAGAAGGACCCAAAACUGGAAACACCAGGAGCAAAGUUAUUGAAACUGAAAGAAAAUCUCCAAGUAAAGAUGAAAGUACAACGUGAAAUCGAAAGACAACGUCGUAUAGAUGCAUAUAGGAUGGACAAUGAGGAAGGAUAUGAAGAGAAUGAGCACAAAGAAGAUGAGCUGGGAUUCAACGAGGAGGAAGAAGAGGCAGAACUUACAGACGGAAGUGAAACAGAUGGUGAUUACGAGCCAGAUGAAGCUGUCGACAACGAUUACGAUGAUGACGACGACGACGAUUCUGAAACUGAAGAAAAGAACAUAUUUUUAGAUGGGCAAGCCAAGGAGGAUGACAUGGAGGAACUGUCAUCUGUUGAAAUAAAUAAUAAAAAGCUUAUAGUUAGCGAAACAAACAAUGAUGAUGAUAGUGAUGAUGAAUUUGUCUUCAAAAUUCGGAAAAAGAAGAAGCGGACAGUUGUUGAGGACGAAGAUGAAGAAGACGAAGAAAAAUGUGUUGAAACCCAUAAUAGUUGGAAAAAUGGUAUUGUGUUGGACAAAUCAAACCACCACGAUGACACAUCAACCAUAUCUUCAUCUUCGGUGAAGUCGUUGUUUAAGAAUCCUAUUAGGUACUCAAUGGCAGCUGAUGGCAAGACAAUGGAUCUGUUUGAUUCCAGUACUAACACCACAGAUCGCAGUGAAGACACAGCUAACCUUAGUGUUCCCGAUGGAUGUAACACCUCAAUAGGUGCUUUCAGCUUUACACCAAUCAAGGAAAAGACAGGCUUAAUCAGACACAAAUCAACUGACUUUGCCAACACACCCGAUAGCGAUGAAGACGAAGAAUGCAAGGAAGACAAUGAUCAUAGUAAGGAGGUUGACUCACGGAAUUUCCCGAUUCCUUCAGAGCGUAGUGUUAAUCUUAACAGUAGCUUUGAUAAUUCGUCUGCUAUACCACCAUACCAGCCUACAAACAGUAUCGACAAGUCAUCUACUAAUGCCAGCUCUCAUGAAUUUCAACCAAGAAGUCUACGCCAAAAUGAGACGGUCUGUAAAAUGGGUGGUCUGACCUUGCCCAUAGAGGACUCCCAGGAUCUGUUUCAACAAGAUUUUUCCUACCCACAAAGUGCUUCCUCGGCUGAAAUUGGGAACAGCUCACAGAAUUUACACUUGUCAUUUGAGGAUAACACUCAGACUCAAUUCCUUGAUGAAAAUGGGUUUCUGAAAGUGAAAACUCAACAAGCUUCAUCUAAGAGUCAUAAAUUAAUAAUGCCCAAGGAUGAUGAUGAUGAGCAUGCUGGCGACAUGAAUGAGCUGCUCGGACUUUGUUCGGGUCAGUUUACAGCAACCUUGCAGCCUAGUAAGCCCAGUAAAGGUGUAUUUUCUCAGCUAGGGAACCAGGGUACUGGGACUCCAGAAAUGGAUGAACUGUUGCAGCUGUGUUCUGGAACAUUCACUGGGAAAAAUAAACAUGAAGAGGUUGGUGAUGAUGUAAGCGAGUCUUCAUUCCAAAUGUUGUCGGAUAAUGAGAGCAUCAAGAGUAAAGAUGCAGAUGGAUUCAGUGACAACGAAGAUGAAAAACAUGACAAGAAUGAUAAUGAAGAAUUAGGAGGGAUCAAUGAGGAUACUGACAAUGAAGAACAACCAACAGCUAAAAAAAUUUUUAAGAAUAAAUUCAUUGAAGAGGAAGCGGAGCUGUCCGGUAGUGAGUUCGGCAGCGAUGAGGAGUACGAUGCAGAGGAAUUUGGGGAUCUCAUCGCCGAAGAAAUGAUAAAUGAAGACGUAGGAAAUGAAGGCGAUAUCCAUAAUAAAAUACAGAAAAUGCACAUGAAGCUGACAGAUGAUGAGGAUGCUCGACGGCUGCGCCUAUACAAGGAAGCUUUCCUGACAGAUGGGGACCUGCAUGACGGUUCAAAGGGGAGAACCAGACAGUUCAGGUGGCGCAAUGUCGAUGAUGAUUCGUGGACGUCUGGCGCAAACAACAAUUCAGAUGAUGAAGCCGAAGAGGUGGAGAAUGAAAAUGAACUUGAGUGGAGGAAACAAAGGCAUGAACGAGAACAAUGUAUUAAAAGCCAGGAUGAAGAAAACAAAAUUCAAGAUGAAGAGGAUUGUUUAGAUUUAGAUGAGAACAGUCAAUUUGACAAGUUUAUCAAGAAAGUUUCUGUAAAAAGAAGAAAGAAAAGUACUGUGACAGUCCCAGAAACCAACAACACAGCUGCUAGAAAGACUCCAACUAAACCAAAAAUGACAUUGUUCAAGCAUGGAUCUUUCCUGAACAGAGCAAAGAAUGACCUUGAACGUAUCACAAACAUGUUCAAACCACUGAGUAAUCCCAACAGGCCUAGAAAUGCUCGAAACUUUGUAUUCCAGUCUCUGUCACCUCAGAAGGCAGAUGACACAGAGAGUGAAUCACAGCAGAUGAAACGACCCCUUAGCAAUGUGGAUAAGGCAACUCCGAAUCUACCUAAGAAUAAGAAAGCAAGAUUAAACACGAGCCAACCUAAGCAGGCAAAGAGCAUCUUCCAGCUUCUAUGAACCUAUAUUAACAGUCAGGAAUACUUAAUGUAGAGAAUAAAUAGUGAUCAUCUAGAUCACUUUUAAACAAAUAAAUUUAUAUUUGCAAGUUUGUCGGUUGAAGUAGCAAUACAGAGUGGCGAGUAGUAGUUUUAGAGUGGGUGUGUUUGGAAAGAUUUAGUAUUAAGUAUCUACAUGAUCAUAUGGACUCUACACUGCCAUAAAGUAUAACAUUGAUAGUGUGUGAUGGUUGUACAUUAUUAAUGUUUAUCAAAGUAAACCAUCCAGAUACCUAUUUAUUAUCAUAUUAUAUAUUAUAUUAUAGUAACUGUUGCUCUCAUAUUAUAAUUAUUAAGCCAUAAACACUUAUUAUAUUGCUCAAGCACAGCGACAACUAAAAAUCAGGGCUGGUCGAAUGGCGAUUGUUUUUCAUAAUCUAAUUGACAAAGAACUACUGUAUGCCCAUAUACUGUAUAGUCAUAAUAUGACCAUAUUUAGGCAUGUCACAUGCUUUUGUCAUGAAAUUGGGUAAUCAACCAUCACUUUGAUUGGUUAAAUGGUGAUCACAUGGCUAAAAUCCAUGUUUAAGGUAUCAAGUUUAUUGAAGCUGGAAAAUUGGUAGAGACAAGUAUUUUGGGCUCCUACCUUGAUAAGAACUGUAUCUUUACUGAAUAUAAUAACCGUGAGCAUGUAUUUCAGAAUUUAACACUUUUUUGUAUUAUUCUUGGAAAUGUGACUUUUGUGUAUCAAAAUUUUAAAAUAAAUAUUCCAUAUUAUAUUAAAAUUU